AACCUACGAUAUAUGUGACAUAAGAAAUCACCAUUGACGUGCAAUAAACCGAGCAUGGCACUCAUCAACUAGAGGAAAAGUGGCCGAAUGAUGUGAACUCUGUGAAAGCUAUAAGCAAUUUUCUUGUGCCUUAAUGCUGUAGUGGGGCUUUCUUUAAUCUUCUUACGGCAAAAUGGAUUAUCUGUUAUGUCACUGUUCUAUCAAGAUUCUUUACAAUAUAUAGUGAAUAUUUUUAGUACCAAGUUGAACUUAAAAAAAAAAUCUUUUUUGAGUUAGAUAUGGAAAAAGCUGUUCGUCUGGUGAUUCUUAAAGUACUGUUGAUCUUAAUAUUUGGUGGUUGGGUUGCUGUUUGGAUCUUGAAACCUACUCGUUUAUGGACUAGAAACUGGAAAGAAGCUGAAGAAAGAGCUAAGCUUACUGUUUUUGGCUAUUACGGUCUUGAUUUUGCUGUGUACACAUUUCCUGUGAUUGCUUUGGUCAUAAUUGGACUUGUUUACUUCAAUUUUCUGUCCGAACAGCCAAUAAAAAGAAGACAAGCAGGGAUUCCAAGUACUGGUUUCUCAAAUCCUGUGAUAAUAAACAGCUUUGUCGGUGUUUUAUCUGCCUUAGAAAUCUUGGUUCUGCUACUCUUCGUCAUCUUUCUGGCAUGGACUUUUUAUAUCCGCGUCUCGAAUGAUUUCAAGAACUUGAAUCCUGCCAAAUCCGUCGGCUUGAAUUUAUGGCAGGUCAAAUAUUUAAGAGUGGCAACUCGAUUCGGAUUGCUAGCUGAAGUCUGUCUAGCUCUACUGCUUCUGCCAAUUUUAAGAGGCUUAGCUUUAUUUCAGCUGCUUGGUAUUCAAUUUGAAGCUUCGGUGAGAUACCAUGUCUGGCUUGGGACUUCAAUGAUAUUUUUAGCCACUCUUCACGGUGGAAGCACCUUGUUCAUCUGGGCCGUCAGCCAUCAGAUUCAAGACGAGAUACGGAAAUGGCAGAGAACAGGACGGAUAUACUUAGCUGGAGAAAUAGCUCUUGUUACAGGAUUAGUAAUAUGGAUAACUUCACUGCCUCAAAUAAGAAGAAAAAGAUUUGAAAUCUUCUACUACACUCAUCAUCUUUAUAUAGUUUUUCUAAUUUUCUUUCUGUUUCAUACCGGAGAUCGUCACUUCUAUAUGGUUUUCCCUGGAAUAUUUCUAUUUAGUCUCGACAAGCUACUUCGAAUCAUUCAAUCAAAACCCGGCACUUGCGUUCUUUCAGCAAGAUUGUUUCCUAAUAAAGCUGUAGAACUCAUACUGCCAAAGGAUCCAAGCUUGAAAUACACUCCAACUAGUGUGUUAUAUAUGAAGAUACCAAGUAUAUCGAAGUUUCAGUGGCACUCCUUCAGUAUAACUUCUUGUUCGAAUAUUGAUGAUCAAACUAUGUCUGUUAUAAUUAAAGGCAAGGGAGGCUGGACAGGUUCUGUUCAUGACAUGAUACAGGCAGAAAUGGAUUCAAAUGGUGAUCAUAUUAGUUGCAUACCAAUAGCAAUUGAAGGGCCUUAUGGACCUCCCUCAUUAGACUUUCUAAGAUACGACAGUCUGUUUCUGAUAGCAGGCGGGAUUGGGAUAACCCCGUUUUUGAGUAUCUUAAAGGAAAUUGCUUCUGUUCCAAGAUCAAAUAGACUCCCUUCACAAAUACAUCUCAUCUAUGUUGUGAAGAAGUCUCAGGAUAUCUGUCUGUUGAACUCCAUUUCACCUCUGCUACUAAACCAGUCAUCGAAACAAUUCAGGCUAAAGCUGUCAGCUUUUGUUACCCAAGAAGACAAGAGUACUAAUGGAAUAACAAUAAGAGAGUUAUUCAAUGAUUUAUCUCUCGUUCAGACAGUAAACUUCAGCACGAGAGGCUCGAAUUAUGCGGUGCACGGACUAGAAUCUCCACUUUGGAUGGCUGUCAUAACUGCAUUUACUUCGAUUGUGUUCCUGGUUUUUCUUAUGUGUUUCAACCACAUAUUUCUUCCUUCAGAAAAGAAAAUUUCGACAUCAGAAAAAAUGGUUGUUCAUCAAGAAAAGAAGGGUUCUAAAGAAAAGACCCCAUCUUUAAUUGUUGACUUUAUUCUUCUAUCUUCUUUUAUCAUAGCUAUAAUAUUCACCACUUCUGUUGCAAUCAUUUUGAGAUGGAAAAGGUUCAAGAAAGAUAUUCCAUCUGUCUCCCCAAAACAAGGCGAAUUCGAGGAACUAAAUUUCGUGGAAUUGGGGAGUUCUGUUGAGGAACAUGAAAUUCAUUAUGGAGGGAGGCCUAAUUUCCAAGAAAUUUUCUCCAAGUUCUCGAUGGAAACUAGAGGAUCCGAUGUUGGAGUGUUUGUCUGUGGACCUGAAACCAUGAAAGAAUCAGUAGCUUCUUUAUGCCAGCUGAAGUCUCAAGGGUUCAACAUUGCUGCUAAAGGAAAUAAACCAUAUUUCACCUUCCAUUCCCUUAAUUUCACAUUCUAGUCCUAAGGUUAGUAGUAUGAGUUAGUUUAACACAAGAAAUUAUUGCUUACAAGUUUAUGUAUAAUAAGAAUAAAAAUUAAUGUGACAUAACUUAGAUGUUGCUGAA